AUGGAAGAUGAUGAAUAUGAUUACCCAGCUUCAUGGGCUGAGCUGAUACCAGAAGCACUUGUAUUGAUCUUCACAAAGUUACCAUUAAAAGACAAACUUAGCCCAACAUUUGCCCUUGUUUGUAAGCCAUGGAGCAAAGUUGUUAAAGGCACUGAUUGUUGGCAUCACUUAGAUUUUGACAAAUUCAAUGACUUGUUUCCUGAUAAAUAUGAUUAUACUAAUCCAAACUUUGAAUAUCAAGACUUCAAAAUCUUUAUUAAGAGGCGGUCUUCUCAGUUCUUCAAAAUUGUUGAUUACAAGAUCUUUAGGGAAACUUCACUCAUUUUCUGCUCGUGUUGUGGUGAAUCACUUCGGAUAUUGAAGAUUCGAGGUGCUUAUUUAUGGAGGGAUGUAACAACAUUUGAAAUUAGUGUAGCUGAGAAACUCUCAUGUGAUCAUUUGGAUAUAAGUUGUUGUAUCAUAGAACCCUCAGCCAUUAGGGCUAUUGGAAAUCACUGCAAGAAUUUAAAAAGAUUGGAUAGGAACUUGGUUUUUGUUACUGAUGAUAGUAAUGAUGAAGAUGCUUUUGCUAUUGUAUCUUCAAUGCCAAGGCUAAAGCAUCUUGAGAUUGCUUAUACAAGUGUUACUACUAAAGGUGUAUUCAAAAUACUCAGUAGUUGCCCUUAUCUUCAAUAUUUAGACAUUUCUGAAUGUUCCAAUCUCACACAUUCUCGUAAUUUGUUCAACAAUUUCUGCCCUGGUUUAAAGGUUGUUGUAGACAAUUUUGUUGACGAUGACACUCUGUUCACUAUUGUUAUUGGUUCACAUCGUGACUUAACUUGAAUUAUGCUUUGGAAUACUAUAAUUACAUUAUAGUUAAUAUAUUUAAUUAUGAAGAAAUUAUAUUGUAUAUUUACUUUUUGAUUUUUUAUUUUUAUUUUUACCUUUCUUUUGUUACUCUUAAU